AUGGAUCUCGUUUGGAAAGAUCUGCCAGUUCUUAAUCAUGGGACAUUGCCACCCAGAGGUCGCGAAUCUGGAUGCAGCUCCAAGAGAGAUCCGCAGCACACCUUCAAGUUCACGCAAGGUCGCCCGAAAAGACGGCGGAAGCCGAGGCAAUCGAACACUAUUUACCAGUCAAUAUUGGAUCUGGGUCUAGAUGAUUCCCUACGCCAGGAUGGGGCAAACUUUUCCAACACUACUGGCAAGGCCAGCCUAUCAUUUUCGACACCUCAACCAUCGAGUCCUGACGAGCUGGGAAUCAGCAAAGAGUGCGGUAGCCAAUCCAAUGAAUCUAUGAUCUAUCAACUGCAAGAUGAUGAGCAUCUGUCUCCAGGAUGGGAACUGGGAUUAGGAACUAUUGACUAUGUCGAUGGAAAUUCGAUUGAUGCAUCCUGCCCAGACACGAUAGAGCAGGCUCAGCUUCCUACCCAACUUAUUCUGGACCCAGACCAAGAAACUUCGCUGGGCAUUAUUGGCAAUUCAGAUCAACCGGACGGCGACCUUGCUGAAGAGCUGUUUCCUAUGACGAACCUCGAAACGUGUUUAUCGAAUUGGGCCACAGAACAAGAUACCAAUAAUCCUGUGCUCGAAGAUAUGCAACCCAUAUAUCCAAUAAAAUAUCGCAACCUAGCUCACAAGUAUGAGCCGAUUCUCGCUAUAUACGACGAGAAAUUCUGCGUCAUGCCGCUCACCAGGGAUUGUCGUAUCAACCCCUUCAGAGCUCAGACUGGAAAUCUCGAAAAGUGCGACUUUCUUCUACAUGCGAUCGUAGCCCUUUCUUUCCAUCACCUCUCGAAGAUGAACAACACCGAUGAUUUGAUACUCGAAAUGCACCAUCACCGAUCUACCGCUCUUCAUCUCUUCAGCCAUGCCUUAAGUCAGCCGACUUCCCUGCCACUUCUUGAUACCCUCCUGAUACUCGUCAGUAUAGAGGUCUGCCAGUCCGCGUUUGGUGCGUGGGGAGUACAUCUGGAUGGUGCUCAAAAACUUAUCACGGAAAGGAAGGAUUUGGAAAGAGGUUUCUGUGAUUCUCGAAUGCGUGCGCAACUGGCGAUGCUCAUAUGGUGGGACACAACAAUUGCGCUCAUGUCUCGAACCGAGCCUCGUUUGCCGUUCUCCUUGUUGGAGAGACUGAAAGGGUUUGAUGACAGCGAUGGAUGGUCUUGCUUCGGCCUAAACGGGUGCCCGUUUGAACUGAUCUCCAUUAUGGCACGCCUUGCAAAGUUGGCAUGCAUAUAUCAAAGGACCAUCCAGAUGGAAUGGACCAUUUUUAACUUUCACCCCGUCCGAACCAUCAUCGCUGAAGUAAAAGGGUAUGUCAACAAAGAGAAAGUCGAAUGGGACGAAUUGAACGAUCUUUCCGAAGACUUCAAUCUGCGACGCAAUCGGUACUACUGCAUCGAAGCAUGGAGGCAUGCCAUAUUGCUCUACAUCUAUCGUGUCUUCACGAAGAAGCCGGACGAUCGAGAACUCCGCAUGAUUGACUACUUUUCUCGUGUUAUACUCGACUGCGUACGGUGCAUGCCGUGCUCAGACACCACCCAGAAGCAGGUUCUUUUACCUGUGUUUCUAGCCGCCGCGGAAGUUGGCGACGAAAACACCCGUUCUAUGGUUCGUGAGUAUUGCAAUCACUGGAGAGACGUAUCUCGAAUAUAUCAUUUCGAAACGGCGUCUUCCCUGUUGGAUAGCAUAUGGAAGGACUGGGAUCCUUCGACGAGAAGUUCAUACUGGUGGGGACUCAAGGUUGGCCCGCAAGACUGGAUGACGGGAGAUGUUAAAGGUCAAUCUUUGGUGUUUGAGUUGCUCUUAGGAUGA